AUGAGCUCUGCAGGAGCGAACUAUUCAGCGGCAUACCUGGCUCAGUCGCGUGUGACCGAGGUGGCUGUGGCAUACUCGGUCCCGAUCCCCGUUGAGAUCCUGACUACAGUAUGGCGACUCUGGAUCAAACUGCGGCCAUCCUCGGAGCAUGGCUUGACCUUUGACGACUACGUGAUGAUCUGGGCUACGAUCAUUGGUGUUGGCGUCUGCGUCAGUGGAUUGGUUUACGGUCCUCCCUAUGGUUUUGGACGACAUGUCGCCGCCUUGCCAGACAAGGAAGUCGAAACAUUCAUGAAGGGCGACUACAUCUUCAGUCACUUCUACGAUGUUGCCAUCGCCAGCACCAAGCUCUCCGUGCUGGCACUAUAUUAUCGCAUUUUCAUCACACCGAGAUUCCGCCUCGUCGUUAUCCUAACCGUGGUAUGGGUGAUCUUGUGGCUCAUGACCAUGGAAAUUGUCCUAGGGCUGGAGUGCCGGCCGAUCGCAAAGUUCUGGAACUCAAGCGUUGAAGGGACAUGCUUCAACCUCGUUGCCUUCAGCUACUUCACCAACAUUGCGAACCUCGUCACCGACAUCUGGAUCUUCCUCCUCCCCCUACCCGUCAUCCUACGCCUCCAGAUCACAAAGAACAAGAAGAUCGGCCUCAGCCUGCUUUUCUCCGUCGGCUUAGCAACCUGCGCCAUCAGCGCAGCCCGACUAACCGUCGUCGUCACCCAAGGUUCCUCUGAUUACACCUGGGCCGGCGUCCCCCUGGGCAUCCUCUCCGCCUGGGAACCCCUCGGCGGCAUUCUCUGCGCCAACCUCCCCGUAAUCUACAAGUCACUGGCUGCCGUAUUCCGCAGCAUAAAGGGCACACUCCUUACCCACGGCUCACGCAGCGCCCACGCCUCCUCCACCCAGCGCCAAACAAAGUCCAGCGCCCAUCACCAUCACAAUACCUGGCUGCAGCUUAAUAAUGGCAGCGGGGCCGGGAAUAGCUACCGCUCUGAGAUCUUGGCUUUGAAAAGCAUGGACGAUGACGAUGAUGAUACGGAGAUGCAGCCCGUGCCGGGGAUGAAUACGAUUAUGGUUGAGAGGCAAUUUGAGCAGGAAGUGGUUGAUCGGCAUCAUGACCCAUCUCAUAGUGGGAGAGAGGGCGAUGAAGAGCCCUUGAGGGGG